GGUUGUGAUGUUCUUCUCCUGAGAUGUUCUUCUCCUGAGAUGUUCUUCUCCUGAGAUGUUCCUCUCCUGAGAUGUUCUUCUCCUGAGAUGUUCCUCUCCUGAGAUGUUCUUCUCCUGAGAUGUUCCUCUCCUUGGUGCAGAGCUGGAGCUCACACAGAACGUUCUCACUGCUGGUCUACAAGUGGAGAGCUAGGUUUAAAUCCUCCCUGAUGAUGGCCAGCUGUCUGAGCCAGGACACUUCAGCCUGGGAAGCCCGUGUGUAUGCUGUGGAUGCCGGCUCCACUGAAGGAUAUACCCAUCCAUUCUACUUUACAUGCCAGGGCAGCAGCCUUUCCUCUGUCAGCCCAUCUGGGUGGCCAGCACUGUCCCAAGGUGGCUGUGCCCAUUCAGUGUCCAUAACUACCCCCCAUAGGAUCAGUGCAGUUAAAUUACAUAAAACAUUGGGGCAGCAGAUGACCCAGCAGCUGGAGGGGAACUGUCACGUUCUAAGGCUCUUCUCAUACCUUCCAAAUGACCCUUUUGGGUCUCUAGAAAGGGGGUUCUUUGUAGUGCAUACAAAACCUUGCCCCUCCAUUGAAAGCAUGUUGGAGACCCUGCUAAAGGAGUACAAGGAGCAAGUUCGCUUCUGCAGCUACCGGGCAGGGCCAGGGGGUGAAAUCUGGCAGAAUAUGCGGAACUUCGAUGGUGAAGGGAAAGAGACCGAAACGUGCCAGGUGGUGAGAGUGGAGGCACCUACACCAUGCCCCCUAGUGGCUAACAUUAAGAGGUCCGCUGUCUUUUACAAUUUGGAGGAUGCUUGUGCUGUCUUGCAAGAGUGUUCAGCAUUCAUUCCUGAUGCUAGCCAUAUUUUAAACCUACUGGAGGAAAAAAAUAAAAUCAUUCAUACUAAAGGAGGCUUUCCAGUCAUUGUAAUUGAAGGACUUGAUGCAACUGGGAAAAGUACUCUAACGGAAUCUCUAAAGGAUUCCAUGAAUGCCACGUUGCUUAAAUCACCCCCGGACUGCAUCAGCCAGUGGAGGAAAAUCUUUGACCACGAGCCGUCCCUUCUAAGGAGAGCGUACUAUGCAGUGGGGAAUUACAUAGGAGCAGCUGAAAUAGCAGAAGCAUCUCAGAGAUCUCCGGUUAUCGUGGACAGGUAUUGGCACAGUACCGCUGCAUAUGCCAUAGCCACCGAAAUAGGAGGCGGUGUGUAUAACCUUCCAGCCAGACAUGAUGCCAUCUACCAGUGGCCAGAAGACCUUCUAAAACCGGACCUGGUCAUUUUAUUGACUGUCAGUGACGUGGAAAGAAUAUUGCGACUACGCAAGAGAGGGCUGGCAGAAACGCUGGAAGAGAAAGAGCUGGCGGUUAACAGCAUGUUUCGGCAAAAGGUGGAAGAAGCAUACAAGAGAAUGGAAAAUCCUGCCUGCAAAAUAAUUGAUGCUAGUGCCUCAAAGGAGGUUGUUUUAAGAAAUGCUUUAUCUAUUAUACAGAAAUAUUGUGCUCUUGCUCCAUGAAGAACCUAUAUGAAAAAAUCAGCGAGGAACUAUGAAUCACAUGGGAGACAUAUUAACGACCCUCCCUGGACAAAUUGCUAAAUAUGAGUUCAUUAACAAGGACACUCCUUUUGGUUCUACGUGAUUGCUCCAUAUUUAAAACUUUUCCCUAGACUUA